AGGGCUGCAUCUCUUGCACGACGACAGGUACUCUCUCUGCGAAUGACGUCACGCGCAGCGCCAGGUAUAAAGAGCCCUGAGCGGGAGGGCAAAGGCACAGUUCGACUCUUGGUGUCUUCGCUGUACCACCGCUCUCACGACAUGAAAGCCUUCACUGUGUGCCUCUUCGCUGGCCUGGCCGCUCUGGCCUGUGCCGAACCACCUUCGGGAUACAACUAUCCCAGGCCAAGUGGAGGAUCUUUCAGCCAGGGGGGCUCCUUCAGCUCUGGAGGCUCGUUCAGCUCGGGCGGUUCCUUCGGCGGCGGUUUCUCAAGCGGCGGCUCCCUGACCGCCGUCAGCGACUUCAGCGGCUCCUCCAACGAGGGCCAGACCAUCGAUCCUCAGAUCCUUGAGCAGGUCCGUCAGAUCAUCCUGCGUUCCGAGGCCAGCGGCGGCACCGGCGGAAUCACCUCCUCUUACGGAGUUCCCGCCGUCAGGGUUGUUGACAUCUCGCUGGAGGGCAUCCGUCAGGCCAUCCAGGUCGCCCAGUUCCAGCAGACCCACCAGGGUGCCCCCAUCCCCAUCGCCCCUGUGCCCGGCUACAACCGAGGACCCGCCACCCGCUACAACGCCCCUGCUCCCGUCUCCACCUAUGGAGCCCCCUCUGCCCCCUCCAACUCCUACGGAGCCCCCUUCUAAAUUUUUUUAAUUGAUUAGACGAUUUCGGAAGCCUUUUUGUCAUCGUUUGUUAUUGUUUUCCAUUUCGAAAUUAUAUUUGGCUGCCAAUCCUGAUUUUUUGCAAGUCAACUUUAAGAAACCCCUGCCCCCCCCCCUGCGUCCUAUAAGCUUUGAUCAUUAUUAUGAAACUUUUAGCUCUUUAAGAAGUGUAACACCAAACGGGUCAUUAUUAUUUAUUCAACCUCCAUUGUCAACUUUAAGGAGGAACGAGUCACGCGUAGGUUAAUUAUUUGUCGUAACGUGUAAUUAUUACAUUCUCAUGUCGUGUGCUGUAUAUUUGUGUGAACUGAUGCUGCUGCUGUGUAUAAUUUGUCUUUUGUAAUAAAAAAAUCACGAAAAAUUAA